AUGAAUUGUCUUUCUAUUAAUGUCAGGGGGAUCGGGGGAGUUUAUAAAUCUGGUUGGAUCAGUUCAAUCAUUAGGGAACAUGGAAUAAAUUUCCUAGCUAUUCAGGAGUCAAAACAUGCUGGUGUGUCAAGAUCUGAGUUGUCGAAAUUUUGGGGUAGCAACGGGUUCGGUAUGGAGUCGGUUGAUGAUUCUGGGCUUUCUGGUGGUUUAAUUUGUAUGUGGGAUGAUAGCUUGUUUCGCUUGGAGUCGUCAGUUAAAAGUAGGCAUUUUCUCCUUGUCAGGGGUCAUCUGGUGGGUUGUAGCUCGAUAGUUAAUUUUUUGAAUGUGUACGCUCCUCAAGGGAUUCCUGCUAAGAAAGAUCUAUGGGAGGAGUUGACUGUGAUUAUCAAUAACACGGAUGGUUUCUGGAUUAUCGGUGGGGACUUUAAUGCAGUCCGUUAUCACGAAGAAAGGAGAAAUUGUGUGUUUAAACCUUCCUGUGCCAAUAAUUUUAAUUCUUUUGUGUUUGAAGCGGGGUUGUUUGAGUUUGAUAUGAGAGGUAUGCAAUUCACUUGGCGUUUUGAAAAUGGGAACAAACUCAGUAAGCUUGAUAGAUUUUUGGUUAAUUCGGAGUUCCUUAAUGGUUGGCCGGAGGCUCGUGUUCAGGCUCUCCCGUGUUUGUGGUCGGAUCAUUGUCCUAUUAUUUUGAUUUCCAAAUCGGUUAAUUUUGGGUCGUGUCCGUUCCGUAUUUUUAACUCUUGGUUGGUUAAAGAGGGGUUUACGGAGGUUGUGGAAGAAGCUUGCAACGAAUUCUCUUCCACAGGCUACCCCCCUGACGUUGCAUUGAUUAAAAAGUUGGGUCAUGUUCGUGGUAGAAUAAAGGAGUGGAGAGACAAAAUGAUUCAAAAGGAGGGUGAAGCACGUAGGAUUGCUGGAGUAGAGCUUGAGGAGUUGGAGUCGAUUCUUGAUUCAAGAGAUUUAAUAAAAGAGGAAGAAUGGAACUUGGCGGAAAACAAAAAGACCAUUGCCGAGAUGGAGUUUGCCAAAGUGAUGGAUCUGAGGCAAAGGUCUAGGGUAAGAUGGGCCAAAGAUGGUGAUGAAAAUUCCAAAUUUUUCCAUUCUAUGAUUAAUUGCAGGAAAGCGACCAACGUUAUUCACGAGCUUAAUAUUGGUGACGAAUGGGUGUCCAAACCCUCUCUUAUCAAGAAGGGUGUUUUCAACUUCUUCAGAUCCAAGUUCUUGGAGGAGUGUGCGUCCCGUCCCCCUCUUAUUUGCGAUAACUUGAAGAAGAUAUCUUCUUCUAAUGCAUCCUAG